AAUUCACAACGUACCGUUCAUAUGCGACGAGAUGUCGAGAAUCAUACAUUACUCCAUAUCAUUGUUUUGUCUCGUUUCGUUUUAUUUGGCAUGUGAUGGCGUGAGUGAAUCUUUAUGGAAAAUCCCGACAAUUGAGGCCAAUGUCAGUAGCGACGAUGUCACAGAAACACAACAUACUAUUUGCAAGAUCGCAACAGAAGAUGUAAUCGCGAACGCACGUGCCACUGUUACAACAGUACUCACCGGAGCCUGUAAGGCAAAAACAAUGGAUGAAAAAUUCGCAAAUCUCGAAGAAAAGUUGAGCAGAGAAUUUGCUGAUGUUAAAUGGUUACUUUACAACAUUCUGGAGCAACAACCGAAUUAUUUGAAAAGUGUACGAAAUGCUAAUCUUCACGACGCGUUUGACAGUUAUUUAUCCCCGAGACAAAACGAGAUCUAUAAAUUCAAUAACACCAUGCAAAAUUUGAAUGGUUCGACGAAUGUAUUCAUCUAUUACUGGCAGGUGAGUAACUUCAACGUGAUGCUGAUGAGCUGGCAGACUGGUCGUUCAAUGCGCAGCCCUACCUUCUACGCGGGUCGCAGCGGUUAUGCCAUGUAUCUGAAAAUUACUCCAAAAUAUUUCCCCGAUGGCACGAUCUUCGUAGGUGUUGGACUGACUCGUGGCCGUUACGAUUCCGUUCUCGCAUGGCCGUUUCCUCACAGAAUCCGUCUCGAGGUAUUAGAUCAGUCUUUGAGAGGCAUGCAUGAAGAUCGACUAUCUCGAAUUUGGGAUCCAGCGAUGCUUUGUACAGAAGAUUUCUGGGGUAGACCCUUGAGAGUGACGGAUAAUCCGGUAUGUGUCGGACUAAGUAUUCCCAGGCGUGUAAUUCUAUCAAAAUCAUUAUCAAUGUCGUCUCAACGAUAUUCAGGAAAUGCGAGGUAUAUGUGGAAUGGAAAUGUGUUAAUAAAACUUAUCGUUUAUCUAUAGAUUAUUUAAGAUAUAGUUAUAACAGAAAGCGGUAUUUAUACUCUUGUAAUGUUUAUACGUUUGCUGCUAUUAUUGAACAAAAUGUGUAACAAUUUAUUAUAAAAAAACAAGCAAAAGCAAAGUAAAUAAAAUUAUUAUUUUAUAUAUUAAUUAACUAGAUAACAGAUUUUAUAGGAUUUAUUGAAUACAAUCGAGAUUUAAUUUAACAGUUGUUUAAAAAAGAUAUAGAUAUAGAUCUUAAAAUUAUUUUUAAUUAACAAAUUGAGUCAUUUGUCGGGAGGACAAGGUGCGUACAAAUAAAUACAUAACUAUCAAAGUGCUCCUGCAAAUAAAUAUUUCUAAUCUAAUUCUAACUAACACCAAUAUUAUACUGAUUACAUUUUUAUAUGCUUCUUUUAUGAACAAUACAUUUGUAGCAGUAAAGUUUUCGGAAGUUGUAAGUAAAAUAAAAUGUCAUAUAUUAAUUAUAUAAUUUUCUUAUUUAAAUUUAGAUUUCUUUAAUCGAUGAUUUUAUAUAACAAAA